AUGGCAGCGAAUGCUACUGCUGUUCAUAAUGUACGAUCUGGAAGAGCGCCCAACAUCGGUUCUUCGGGCAUCAACUCGGAGAGACCACGGGCCUCUCAUAAUCCCAGCAUGGGUAGUUUCGGUAGCGGCAAGACUAGCUGGAAUAGUACUAUCUGGGGGGAUGGCAGCCUGGGAAACGGUUUCACCGAUGAUCAGCACGUUUCGGACACUGCCUUUGAAGGGAAAUCUGGUUCAGGCUCUUUACUGCCUUCGUCUCAGUCGGAUGGGUGGAAUGGUCGUCCCAAUCUCCCAUGGAGCACUGUCAGUUCCACGUCCUCUUUGUCUAUGGCACCAAGCACCGGUAUUGCCUCUUCGCCUAUCCAAAGCCGUCCGAACGACCGAGGUGCUCCUGUCCUUACAGAGUGUGGUGAGACACCGUCAUAUUUCACUCUCCCUCGGGCUUCUGGCGGAGCUGUGAGCCACAAGGCGUAUUUGAACUCUGGUUCCGAGGCAAUCACACCUGCCACUGAUUCCAUCGCCUUCGGCAGCUUCUCUGGAUUCAAGACUGGAGAAGGCAGACGGCAGAUGAGCUCAUCCUCAUUUGGCACGCCAAUGGGGUCGGGCUUUCAGGUGAAGUCAGGAUUGUCUGCUGCUCUUGACACGCCAACCUCGGAUGAGGUAGCUGCUUCUAUGGCUAUGCCGGCUCUGGCUCACAGUGUCUCCUCCGAUGCUCUUUCCCAGUCCCAGGUUCGCGCUCCUUAUACCCAUCUGGCACAGAAUUCGACCUCCUUUGCCUCCCAGAGACCACCCCACUCCUCCCACUCGUCUUUCCAGUCGGAGAACCAAGCGUUUGAGUCUCGCUACGGCAGCAGCCAGGUGGACCUGAGCGCUGGUCUUAACAAGCUUCAGUUGAAUGAAUGUGGAUUUCCAACUCAGCAAAGACCGUCAUUUCUGGCCCACGCGUCAUCAUAUGAUGCAUCUCUUAACCGUUUGAAACAUCACCAGGGAAUGGAUGACCUCAAUUAUCAGACCGCAGCCAGCUAUGCUGCCGAGAGUUCUUCCGAACUGCCACUUGGAUACAAUCCGAACAGGUCUCAUCUGAGUGACCGUAGCUCAAUGACCUCAACAGACCACACACGCAUGGAUAGCCCGUUCUACCCUUUCAUUGACAGCCCAGUUGCUCAGUAUCGAAAUGCAGGCCGACUUUCGGAAAGCCAAGCAGCAGCCCUGGAGCGGAAACUGCGAGGAUUUCCACAGGAGCAAGAUUACCCCAUUCAAUCCACCAACUCGCUGCCCAGACUCCCUUACCCCCCAGCAUAUGACUUCGCUGGAUACCAAGCUGCACGGUUGAAUGCCCUCUCGGGGUUUUACCCGGUCACGCAGCUCGGUGGUCUAGGGGCCGCUGCAAUGAUGGCAAGGCCCCAUCGUGACCACGACCCUGUCCAGGUUAUCCGUAGUCCCUUGUUGGAGGAGUUCCGGGCUAACAAUAAGGGGAACAAACGAUACGAGCUCAAGGAUAUUUAUAACCAUGUAGUCGAAUUCAGUGGAGAUCAACACGGAUCCCGUUUCAUUCAACAGAAAUUGGAAACCGCCAACAGUGAUGAGAAAGAGCAGGUUUUCCGUGAAAUCCAGCCCAACUCCCUGCAGUUGAUGACAGACGUCUUCGGCAACUAUGUUGUCCAAAAGCUUUUCGAACACGGAAAUCAGUCGCAGAAAAAGAUCCUGGCCAACCAGAUGAAGGGGCAUGUGCUGGCUUUAUCCACCCAGAUGUAUGGGUGCCGGGUGGUCCAAAAGGCACUGGAGCAUAUCCUCACUGAUCAGCAGGCCGCUAUGGUUAAAGAACUUGAGAAUCACGUUCUCAAAUGUGUCAGGGAUCAAAAUGGUAACCAUGUGAUUCAGAAAGCCAUCGAGAGAGUGCCGUCUCAAUAUGUCCAAUUCAUCAUCAACGCAUUCAAGGGUCAGGUGAACCGACUCGCUGCCCAUCCAUAUGGCUGUCGCGUCAUCCAGAGAAUGUUAGAGCACUGUGAAGAGGAGGACCGUGAGUCUAUCUUGGCGGAGCUUCACGCCUGCACUACCAGUCUCAUUCCUGACCAAUUCGGAAAUUAUGUGAUCCAACACGUCAUUGAGAACGGAGAAGAAAAAGAUCGAUCCAGGAUGAUUGAGGUCGUGAUCUCCCAGCUACUUGUUUAUUCCAAGCACAAGUUCGCGAGCAACGUGGUUGAAAAGAGCAUUGAGUUUGGAGAAGAAGGCCAGCGCCAGCAGAUCAUCCAUAUGCUGACUUUCCCAAAUGAGAAAGGAGAAAGUCAGCUUCUGGGGCUGAUGCGCGAUCAAUAUGGGAACUAUGUUAUUCAGAAAGUUCUGGGUCAGCUGAAGGGUGUCGAACGAGAUGCUCUCGUCGAGCAGAUCAAGCCGCUUCUCAGCCAGCUAAAGAAGUUCAGCUACGGGAAACAAAUCGUGGCCAUCGAGAAGCUUAUCUUUGACCAUAAUUCCUCUUCGAGCAAUACUCUACAUAAUAAUAAUGCUUCCUCCUCGACGCCACCUAAUUCUCACAAAUCUUCUCCGCUGCCUGUAAAACGGUCGCUCACGAACUUCGAACAUGGCAGAGCUCCCGUCGUAGGCGGCGCACCUCCCACUCCACCCCCGACAGACAGCCAGAGUCCUGUUGAUUCGAAGGGCCUGGAGAAGGGUUUCGCUAAGAGCAGCGUGACCGCCGUUUCCGAGUCCGAGGUCGACAGCACGGCUUCUACUGUCUCCUUAACUGCCCGUGGAGUGGAAUCUUGA